AUGUUUUAUUUGCUACACGCAGGUAAAAAAAGAAUGAAGAGAUGAAUUCCUGGUGGCAGAUGAGACGGGAUUGUCAAGAUGGAUGUGACAUUAAUUUGAGUUAUGAUUUCAAAAGUCUUGAAAUAAUUAAUUGUGACAUAUUUUAAUUCGCUUACGCAUUAUUAAACACUCUGUAUUACUACAGUUUAUGUAUUGAAUAUUAUUUAUGAUAAAUAAAGAUGUUUGAAAUGUUUUAAAUUUUAUGAUUUCCAAGUUUAUACUUUAGUGUAAAAGGGGCUGAAGACCUGGACGAACUAAGAUUAUCGAGGCUCGAGGGUUGCCAAAUAUGGAUUUAAUUUCGGAGCGCAUCCGUAGAUUUUUAACGGCUCUGGACUGCCGGAAACCAGGAAGGAUGACGACACAUCGCCAUGCUAAGAUAAUCACCAGCGACCCUUACGUCAAAGUGUGCCUCGCCGGCGCCACGGUGGCGCGCACUCGAGUGAUCCCGAAUUCUCAGGACCCCAUCUGGGACGAGCACUUCAAGAUGAUCCCUCUGGCUCACCCUGUCUACGAAGUCGAAUUCCAGGUGAAGGACAACGACGUGUUCGGGGCGGAUUUCAUAGGCGUGGCAAAAGUCUCGGCCCGGAAGGUCGUGUCGGGGGAGGUCAUUGAAGAUUGGUUCCCAAUCAACGGGGCUUGCGGGAAACCUCCAAAGCCCAACACCGCCAUCCGGCUAUGGAUGAAAUUCACCCCAUUCCACCAAAACCCCCUUUACCACAACGGCAUUCUCGAAAACUAUGGAUUGAAAGAGAGCUACUUCCCGGUGAGGCACGGAGGUGCAGUGACGCUUUACCAGGAUGCACACACGGCCGGCUUGGUGCCGGAGAUCGUUCUGGAAGAGGAAAAGCCUUUUCGACACGAAAACUGUUGGGAAGACAUUUGCCAUUCCAUUCUCGAAGCGCAUCACUUGGUUUACAUAGUUGGGUGGUCCAUUUAUCACAAGGUGAGGCUUGUGAGGGAGCCCACGAGGCCGCUGCCUAACGGAGGGAAUUUGAACCUCGGAGAGCUGCUCAAGUACAAGUCCCAGGAAGGAGUUAGGGUGCUCCUUUUGGUUUGGGAUGACAAGACUUCUCACAGCAAGUUCUUCAUCAACACGGUGGUAGGAACACUUUAUACACACCAUCAGAAGUGUGUAAUUGUUGAUGCACAAUCACAAGGAAACAAUAGGAAAAUAACAGCUUUUAUUGGAGGUCUAGACCUAUGUGAUGGACGAUACGAUACCCCCCAGCACAGAUUAUUUUCUGACCUUGACACAGUUUUCAAGGGUGACUACCACAAUCCUACAUUCCCAGAAGGGGGAGUAAAGGGACCAAGACAGCCAUGGCAUGACCUGCAUUGCAAGAUUGAAGGGCCUGCUGCAUACGACGUUCUCACAAACUUUGAGCAGCGAUGGAGAAAAGCCUCCAAAUGGGCAGAGUUAGGGAGGCGUUUUAAGAAGAUAUCUCACUGGCAUGAUGAUGCAUUAUUAAAAAUAGAGCGGAUCUCAUGGAUAACUAGUCCUUCUUCUUCUGUUCCAAAUGAUGAUCCUUCAUUGUGGAUUACCAGUGAGGAAGAUCCAGAAAAUUGGCAUGUUCAGGUUUUCAGAUCCAUAGACUCAGGAUCUUUGAAAGGGUUCCCUAAAGAUGUUCAAACCGCCAAUUCACAGAAUCUAGUUUGCGCAAAAGAUUUAGUUAUUGAUAGGAGCAUCCAAAUGGCAUACAUCCAAGCAAUAAGACGAGCCCAGCAUUUUGUUUACAUUGAAAAUCAGUAUUUCCUCGGAUCAUCAUUUGCUUGGCCUUCUUACAAGGAUUCAGGUGCGGAUAACUUGAUCCCAAUGGAGCUUGCACUUAAAAUUGCAAGUAAAAUUCGGAAUAAAGAGAGAUUCACAGUCUAUAUUGUAAUCCCGAUGUGGCCCGAAGGUGUUCCCAAUUCUGCUCCUGUUCAAGAAAUCCUUUAUUGGCAGAUUACGGCUUCUCAGAAAUCCGGGAGGUUCAUGAUCUAUGUGCACGCCAAGGGAAUGAUUGUCGACGAUGAGUAUAUCAUCUUGGGCUCUGCUAACAUCAACCAACGAUCAAUGGCUGGUUCGAGAGACACGGAGAUUGUCAUGGGUGCAUAUCAGCCCUAUCACACAUGGGCAAGCAAGCAAACACAUCCCCAUGGCCAGGUUUAUGGUUACAGAAUGUCACUCUGGGCAGAGCACAUGGGGAUGAUAGACCCUAUAUUCAACGAGCCUGCAAAGUUAGGGUGUGUUACCUUUGUCAACAAGAUUGCACGAGAUAACUGGGAGAGAUACACAGCUGCGAAGUUUGCCCCGUUACAGGGUCAUCUUCUCAAGUACCCUGUGGAAGUAGAUUGCGAUGGAAAAUUAAGCCCUCUGCCAGGAUAUGACAACUUCCCAGAUGUUGGAGGCAAAGUACUUGGAGCUAGAACAACCCUUCCUGAUGCAUUGACCACUUAAACCAGUUAAAUCACCAACUAUUUUUCUCAUAUCAAAUUUUUUGUGCACAAUUUUUUUAAACUGUUUCUGGUAAUGUACAAUAUCAGAAGAAUCAGGAAUUACAAUCAUCAAAUAGAAUAAUCAAUCGUUUGUUCAUAC